GCCAGUCAUCCAUCAGUCACAGCAGAGAGACGGUAUAUGCUUCUUUCACCAUUAUCUUUAUGCUGUUUGAUAACUGAUUGAAUCUUGAACCAUUACCCUGAUAAAGUAACAACAUGUGCAAGCUAACUCUAACAGCAGGUCUCUGUUUGAUCAUCGCCAGUUUGGCCUCUUCCUACAGGCUGGUGUGUUACUAUAACAGCUUGGCUGAAAAUAGAGCGGAGGACGGGAGGUUUACUGUGUCAGAUAUCGAUCCAAACCAGUGCACCCAUCUGAUCUAUGCCUUUUCUGACAUUAACAACCAACAUCAGCUGGUCCCCAGCAGUGAAACUGACAUACAACGCUAUAAGUCCUUUACUAGACUCAAAACCAGAAAUCCACUGCUCAAAACCCUGUUGGCGGUUGGUGGCUUGACAUUUGACACAAAAAAAUUCAGUACAAUGGUGUCAACACAAAGCAACAGAACAAACUUCAUCCUGUCUGCUAUCACACUACUGAGAGCAAUUGGGUUUGAUGGGCUAAACCUUGACUGGAGGUACCCCAGAGGAGUUAGGAGCCAACCACAGGACAAGCAGAGAUUCACACUACUGUGCAAGGAGCUCAAAGAGGCCUUUGUGGCUGAGGGAACUGCAGCUAACCGUGACAGAUUAAUCAUCACUGCUAGUGUCUCUGCUGAUAAAGAAACAAUCAAUGCCAGUUAUGAAGUCGCACAGAUUGCCACGUACCUGGAUUUCAUUAAUGUGCUGACAUUUGACUUUCACGGCCCCUGGGAAAGUGUCACAGGUCAUCACAGCCCCUUAUACAGAGGAUCCCAAGACACUGGAGACAAAAUCUACUCUAACACUGACUCUGCCAUGCAGUAUUGGCGGGACCAGGGAGCACCUACGCAAAAGCUAAACCUGGGGUUAGCGGCAUAUGGGCGAGCUUUUGACCUCUCCUCUGCAUCCAUUGAUGUUGGAGCACCAGCCAGUGGUCCUGGUGAGGAAGGCUGCUACACCGAUGAAGAAGGAUUCUGGGCCUUUUAUGAGACUUGCCUUUAUCUUGAAGGGGUUACAACACUGCUGAUUACUGAUCAGAAAGUUCCAUAUGCCACCACAGAAAAUCAGUGGGUGGGAUUUGACAACAAAACCAGCCUUGGUAAUAAGGUCACUUACCUAAAAACUAACAACUUUGGAGGAGCCUUUGUCUGGUCUCUUGACCUAGAUGACUUUAAUGGAAAGUUCUGUAAACAGGGCAACUACCCCUUCAUCACCCACCUGCAUAAACUCCUGGUUCCAGGUUUUCCUGGCCUUACCACUCCAACUCCCAUAACCACCCCCACUAACACCACCGCAACCACGACUCCUGCUACCACAACAACUCCCCCUUCUACAACCAUAACAACGUCCACAACAACAACCAAAACAGCUCCCGGUGGUAUAGCAACAAACCCUGCUACAACAAACACAACAAUGCCCACUACCACAAUACCUACCACAGCAACAAAAAUAGCCCCAACCAUAACCACAACAACUCCUCCUACAAAAAACACAAGAACUUCCACCACCACAGCUACAAAAACUCCCACUACCACAACCAAUACUCCCCCUACAACUACCACAACAACUUACCCUACUACAACCACUGCCCCAACCACAGCCACAACUCCCCCUACUACAACAACUCUACCCACCACAACCACAAAAGCUCCCCCUGCUACAACAAAAAAUCCUCCUACCACAACAACAAUGCCAACUACCACAACAACUCCCCAAACCAAAACAACUCCCACUACUACUACAACUCCCCCCACCACAACCACAUCAGCUUCCCAACUACGACAACUCCCCUACCACAAUCACACCUCCCUACUACAACUCCCCUACCACAGCCACAACUCCCAUCACCACAACUCCCCAUAUUACAACCACAACUUCCCCUACCACAAUCACAACAACUCCCCUACUACACCACUCACCCUACCACACCACAACUCCCAUCACCACAACUCCCCAUAUUACAACCACAACUCCCCCUACUACAACCACUCACCCUACCACAGCCACAACUCCCCCUACUACAACAACUCUACCCACCACAACCACAAAAGCUCCCCCUGCUACAACAAAAAAUCCUCCUACCACAACAACAAUGCCAACUACCACAAGAACUCCCCAAACCAAAACAACUCCCACUACUACUACAACUCCCCCAACACAACCACAUCAGCUUCCCCAACUACGACAACUCCCCCUACCACAAUCACACCUCCCCCUACUACAACUCCCCCUACCACAGCCACAACUCCCAUCACCACAACUCCCCAUAUUACAACCACAACUUCCCCUACCACAAUCACAACAAAUCCCCCUACUACAACCACUCACCCUACCACAGCCACAACUCCCACCACCACAACAACUUUCCCCACCACAACCACAACAGCUCCCCCUACUACAACAACUCAUUCUACCACAACUCCCCCUACCAAAACCACAACACCACCCACUACCACAACAACUCCUGCUUCCACAACCACAAAAAUGCCCCCACCACAACAACUCCCCUACUACAACAACUCCCCCACCACAACAACUACAGCUCCCCUUCUACAACAGCUACUUCUACCACAACAAUGCCCACUACUACAACCACAUCACCCCGACAACGAUAACUCCCCUUAUUACUACAAUAACAACACCCUCAACCACCUCCACAACAACUCCCACUACCACAAAUCUCCCUACCACAACAGCGGCAAAUACUAUAACAACUCACCCUACCACAACGACCACAAUGCCCACUACCACAAAUCCCCCUACUACAACCACAACUUCCCCUACCACAACAACUCCCGUAACUACAACUUCUCCCCUUACCACAGCCACAACUUCCGCUACCACAACAUCUCCCCCUACUACAACCAUAACAACUCCCCCUACCAAAACCACAACUCCCACUACCCAUACUACAGCCACAACAAGACUCCCAACUACAACUACAACAACUCACCUUACUACAACUCCCCCCACCACAACCACAACAGCUCCUUCUACCACAACAACAAUCACCCGCUAGGACAACUUCUCCUGCCACAACAACUCUCCUUCCCCUACAACAACUCCUCCUACCACAACAAUAACUCCCCCUACCACAACCACAAAAGCUUCCCUUACUACAACAACAACUCCUCCUACCGCAACAACGAUGCCAACUACAACAACUCACGCUACUACGACAACUCCCUCUACCACAACCACAACUCCUGCUACCACAACAACACCCCCAACAACAAAAACUCCCCCUACUACUGCAACUCCCCCUACCACAACCACAACAGCUUCCCCUACAACAACAACUCCUCCUACCACAACAACAAUCUUCCCCUACAACAACAACUCCUCCUACCUCAACAACAACUCCCCUACCAAAACCACAACAGUUCCCCUUACUACAACUCCUCCUACCACAACAACAAUGCCAACUACCACAACAACUCCCCCUACUACAACGACUCCAACCACAACCACAACAGCUUCCCCUACUACAACUCCUCCUACCUCAACAACAAUGCCAACUACCACAACAACUCCCCCUACUACAACGACUCCCACCACAACCACAAAAGCUUCCCCUACAACAACAAAUCCUCCUACCACAACAAUGACAACAACUUCCCCUACCAAAACCACAACUCCCCCUACCACAACCACAAAAGCUUCCCUUACUACAACAACAACUCCUCCUACCGCAACAACGAUGCCAACUACAACAACAACUCACGCUACUACGACAACUCCCUCUACCACAACCACAACUCCUGCUACCACAACAACACCCCCAACUACAAAAACUCCCCCUACUACUGCAACUCCCCCUACCACAACCACAACCGCUUCCCCUACAACAACAACUCCUCCUACCACAACAACAAUGACAACAACUUCCCCUACCACAACCACAACUCCCACUACCACAACAACACCCUCAACCAAAACAACUCCCCCUACUACAACAACUCCUCCUACCUCAACAACAACUCCCCCUACCACAACCACAACAGUUCCCCUUACUACAACUCCUCCUACCACAACAACAAUGCCAACUACCACAACAACUCCCGCUACUACAACGAUUCCCACCACAACCACAACAGCUUCCCCUACUACAACAACUCCUCCUACCUCAACAACAACUCCCCCUACCACUACCACAACAACUUCCCCUACCACAAUAACAACUUCUCCUACUGCAACCACUGCCCCAGCCACAACCACAACAACUCCCACAACCACAACUCCUCUUUCCACAACAACAAUGCCAACUACCACAACAACUCACCUUACUACAACACUUCCCCUACUACAACAACUCCUCCCUCAAGAACAACUCCCCUACCACAAACACAACAACUCCCCUACUACAACUACUCCCCCUACCACAGCCACAACUCCCGCCACCACAUCAACUCCCCAUAUUACAACCACAUCUUCCCCUACCACAAUCACAACAACUCUCCCUACAACAACUCAUUUUACCACAACAACUCACCCUACUCCAACUACUCCCCCUACCACAGCCACAACAGCUUCCCCUACUACAACAACUCCUCCUGCCUCAAGAACAACUCCCCCUACGACAACCACAACACCACAACACCCCUAGGACAACAAAUUCCCUACCACAACAACAACUCCUGCUACCACAACAACACCCCUAACCACAACAUAACACCCCCUACUACUACAACUCCCCACCACAACCGCUUCCCUACUACAACAACUCCUCCUACCACAACAACAAUGCCAACUACCACAACAACUCAACCUACUCCAGCAACUCCCUCUCCUACAACCACAACUCCCGCUACCACAACAACACCCCCAACCACAACAACUCACCCUACUACUACAACUCCCUCUACCACAACCACAACAGCUUCCCCUAUGAAGACAACUUCUCCUACCACAACAACUCACCCUACUACAACGACUCCCUCUACCACGACCACAACUCCUGCUACCACAACAACACCCCCAACCACAACAACUCCCCCUACUACAACUACUCCCCCUACCACAGCCACAACUCCUGCUACCACAACAACACCCCCAACCACAACAACUCCCCCUACUACAACUACUCCCCCUACCACAGCCACAACACCCCCUAGGACAACAAAUUCCCCUACCACAACAACAACUCCUGCUACCACAACAACACCCCUAACCACAACAACACCCCCUACUACUACAACUCCCCCCACCACAACCGCUUCCCCUACUACAACAACUCCUCCUACCACAACAACAAUGCCAACUACCACAACAACUCAACCUACUCCAGCAACUCCCUCUACUACAACCACAACUCCCGCUACCACAACAACACCCCCAACCACAACAACUCACCCUACUACUACAACUCCCUGCGACCACAACCACAACAGCUUCCCUAUGACAACAACUUCUCCUACCACAACAACUCACCCUACUACAACGACUCCUCUACCACAACCACAACUCCUCUUCCCCUACUACAACAACUCCUCCUCCCUCAAGAACAACUCCCCCUACCACAACCACAACAACUCCCCCUACUACAACUACUCCCCCUACCACAGCCACAACUCCCGCCACCACAUCAACUCCCCAUAUUACAACCACAACUUCCCCUACCACAAUCACAACAACUCUCCCUACAACAACUCAUUUUACCACAACAACUCACCCUACUCCAACUACUCCCCCUACCACAGCCACAACUGCUUCCCCUACUACAACAACUCCUCCUGCCUCAAGAACAACUCCCCCUACGACAACCACAACACUUCCCCUAUGACAACAACUUCUCCUACCACAACAACUCACCCUACUACAACGACUCCCUCUACCACGACCACAACUCCUGCUACCACAACAACACCCCCAACCACAACAACUCACCCUACUACAACAGCUCCCCCUACCACAGCCACAACUCCCACCACCACAACCACAACAGCGUCCCCUACAGCAACUCAUUUUACCACAACAACUCCCCUAUCUACAACUACUCCCCCUACCACAGCCACAACUUCCGCUACCAGAACAAGACCCCCAACUACAACCACAACAACUCCCCCUACUACAACUUCCCCCACCACAACCACAACAGCUCCUCCUACCACAACAGCUCCCCCUACUACUACAACAACUCGCCAUACAACAACAACAAUAAUUCCCACUACCACAACAACUUCCACAACCACAACGCCCCCUACCACAACAGUACCCACUACCACAACUCCCGCUACCACAACCAAUACUCCCCCUACCACUACCACAACAACUUCCCCUACCACAAUAACAACUUCUCCUACUACAACCACUGCCCCAGCCACAACCACAACAACUCCCACAACCACAGCUCCUCUUUCCACAACAACAAUGCCAACUACCACAACUCACCUUACUACAACAACUCCCUCUACCACAACCACAACACACCCUACGACAACAACUUCCCCUACCACAACCACAACUCCCGCUACCACAACAACACCUCCAACCACAACAACUCCCCUACUACUACAACUCCCCACCACAACAGCUUCCCUACUACAACAACUCCCCUACCACAACCACCACAACUUCCCCUACCACAACCACAACAACUCCCCCUACUACAACUCCCCCCACCACAACCACAACAGUUUCCUUACUACAACAACUCCUCCUACCACAACUCCCGCUACCACAACAACUCCCCCUACUACAAGUACAACAACACCCCCGACCACAACAAUUCCCCUUAAUACUACAACAACACCACCAACCACUACCACAACAACUCCCACAACCACAACUCCUCCUACAACAACUACUCCCUCUACCACAACCACAACUCUCGCUACCACAACUCCCCCCACUAUAACCACAACAACUCUCGCUACCACAACAACUCCCCCCACUAUAACCACAACAACUCCAACUACAACUCCUCCUACUACAACCACUCCCCCUACCACAGCCACAACUCCCGCUACCACUACAAAUCCCCCAACUACAACCACAACAACACCCCUGACCACAACAACUCCCCUCACCACAACCACAACAGCUACCCCUACUACAACAACAAUGCCCACUACCACAACCACAACUCUCGCUACCACAACUCCUCCUACUACAACCACUCCACCUACCAGACCCACAACUCCCGCUACCACAACAACACCCCCGACCACAACAGCUCCCCCUACAACAACAAUAACAACACCCUCAACCACAAUCACAACAACACCCACUAAAGUACCCACUGGAAACCCUUGUGAUGGAAAGAGUGAUGGGGUUUACACCAACCCUAAUGACCCAAAUUCUUUUUACAACUGUGCCGGUCAGAUAACCUACAUCCAAAAUUGCCAACCAGGUUUGAUCUUUAAACAAAGCUGCAAAUGCUGUGACUGGCCAAUAAGUAAUCCUCCUACUACAACCACAACAACAGCCCCGACCACAACAUUUCCCCCUACUACAACAACUCCCCCCACCACAACCACAACAGUUUCCCCUACUACAAAAACUCCCCCCACCAUAACAGCUCCCCUUACUACAACAAUAACAACACCCUCAACCACAACCACAACAACACCCACUAAAGUAUCCACUGGAAACCCUUGUGACGGAAAGAGUGAUGGGGUUUACACCAACCCUAAUGACCUAAAUUCUUUUUACAACUGUGCCGGUCAGAUAACCUACAUCCAAAAAUGCCAACCAGGUUUGAUCUUUAAACAAAGCUGCAAAUGCUGUGACUAUUCCAAUAAGUAGUACUAUUUAAUCAACAAAACAGGAGUAGUGUCAAAAGCUGUAAUAUGUACAAUUUCUUCUAAUUAUUCACUGUUGAGUUAUAUGUGAAGAGAAUGCUUACUAAUGGUUAUGCUCACUUUUUUAGGCUUCACUAAUUUACACUUUACCAUUUAUGCAUCAUUUCUAGAUGAAUUUCCAUAACCUCCCUGUCCCCAGUGAAAUGCCAAAAUAAUGGGAAAAUUAAAUCUCUUUUAUUUCCUCCUCUUUUCAGUUAGCAAACAACAAAACUGUGCAUUAAUGUCAUGACACCAAAUCUUUCAGCAUUUAGUCACAUAUUCUUUCAUCAAUUCGCAACUGUGUGUACAUGUUCAGAGUGGCAAUGUCCUCCCAUCCAUGCCUGUAAAUAUACAAUGUUAUUUAUAUUAUUUUAUUUAUCAAUACAUAAUACAAACUUGUGUAUUUGCAAUUGUUGUCAUGUUGCUGUCUGUUAAUUUUAGGUGUAUCUAAACCAGUUGUUUGUAUAUGUUCUAGUUUUUUUUUCUGCCAUCAUUUAAUCUGACAUGCCCUACUUAAUUAUAUGGUUGUUGGUGUACUAACUCUACUGUAUGGGUGUGUUCUUGUUGGUUUAUAUUUAAUCAUUGCGCGAUUUGAUUUGUCUUACAUAAUGACACAGCUGUUGCAUAUUGCAUAUAUUUAUAUACUGUAUGUCUAAAUGUAAAUAAAUACAAAUACAUAUUACUAAAUUAAUAAGUUACUAAUAAAUGUAAUUAAAUACUCGUUUCCCUGACAAAUUUUUGCAUAUUUUGUUUGGUUUUGUUCUAUGUUUGGUUGUUCUAUGUUGUUCUAUCAAUUGUUUAUGAGAUAAGACACAAAAUACUGUGGAAACAAGCUGCCUAACUGGCACUCAUGGAAAAGCCAUUCAAAUGAGGUAUGAAUUAGAAGUGGUUGGUUUAUUUCUAACCACUGUGUAAUUAGAUAUGCCUUACAUGAUGAUGCUGCUGUGCUCUUUUCUACUAAUUCUAGCCUUGUCCUGUGCAUGUAUUUGUCUUUAAAGGGGCUGUAAGCAAUAUCAGCAUUUUUGGUAACUUCUUUUCCGUUCUUGCAGACUAGCAGACUAGCAGUCUCCCUCCUCCCCACGUCUCCAACACCCCCCCUCCAUCAACUCAUGAAUCCACAGCAGUGUUCGCCACAGCAGCAACAUUUGCAGUAAUUAGCGCUGGGCGAUAUAUCGAAAUAUAUUCGAUAUAUUCAAAUAUUCAUUCAUGCACAAUAUAGCAGAUGACCAUAUCAUCAUAUUCUAGUUUUCACUGUUUAUGCUGGUCGCCGCUGAGGGGUAGUUACGUUACUUUAGUCAGCCAUAAAGUGUGUAGAAAAGCUCAGGUUGCAGUGUAAUAGUUAGUGAAAAGCUGCCAUCCAGUAACUAUUAUACUGCAACCUGAGCUCAGCUACACACUUUAUGGCUUUAUGACUUUAUGACUAAAGUAACGUAAGGGAAAGGCUCACUUUCACAACAACACCGCUGGUUAACCACAUGGCUACCUUCCUUAAAGGGGGAGGCUUGGCCGGUAACACAGGUGUAGUUAGGCUGUGGGUGCGUUAACCAGAGGUGGAAGAAGUAUUUAGGUCCAUUACUUAAUCAAAAGUACUAAUACCAACCCUAUUGUGAAAAUACU